AUGUACAAACUAAGACUUCGCACGCACGCCUCACCCGUCUACCUCGUCCUCUUCAUCUCCGCCACAUACUUCCUCAACCGACCAUGCGUGUAUUGCUCGCUUCUCCUCUUCAUACUCGUUGUCGCCCUCUUUGACUUCCACACCCCGUGGUUUGACCCACCGCUCGCCGAAACAGCGGAACUGGCGCUGAAUGGGACUACGACGUCGAUCCUCGAGACUGCGGGUGUGUUGGCGCAGGCGGCAAAUCAUUCGGCCAGGGCGGCAGUGAAGGGUGCGGUGGAGGGUUUGAAGGAAAAGAUGCAAGCGGAGGUGGAGGCGCAGGGGAGUGGCGGGCAAAGUUAUGAGUGGGUGAAGGGGCUCUUAGGGAAGAAGGAGUGGAGGAUACAGUGCUUGGAUGUGUUGAUCAGGGUUUGA